ACAACAAUAAUGAUGAUGAUGAUGACAAACGAAACAACGUUCAAUGAUAAUAAUGAUGAAUUAUUCAAUAUAACUAGACAUUUAUAUGAACAUCUUGGUCCACAACAAGCAUUACCAUUAAUAUGGCUAAUAUUGAUGACAUUUGUCUAUAUUUUCAUUUUAAUAUCCGGUAUUAUUGGCAAUAUUAUCACCAUUUUGGUCAUAUUUCGUUUUCGUUAUAUGCAAACCAUUACAAAUCUUUAUCUUUGUAAUCUUGCCAUUACAGAUCUGAUUUCAUUGAUGUUCAGUUUACCAUUGGAAUUAUAUACACUAUGGCAUCAAUAUCCAUGGCAAUUGGGUCCGAUAAUGUGUUCAUUGAAAACAUUGAUAUUGGAAGGCACAGCAAACGCAUCGGUACUUACGUUGGUUGCAUUCACUGUAGAAAGAUUUUUGGCAAUCUGCGGUUCAACAAAACAUCAAACAUUACAACCAUCGACACAGACAUUGUUUAAAAAUGAUAAAUCAAUAAUACGCAUAAAACGUUUAGUAUAUCGUAAUAUUGCGCUCAUAUGGAUCAUAUCCAUUGUAGGCGCAUUACCAUUGGUGCUAUUAACACGUGUAAAUUAUUUGGAAUUUAAUCAAAAAAAAUUAAAACAAAGUGCCUGGUGUGGCCUUGCAUACAAUGAACCGGAUAAACGCUGGGAAUUGAUAAUGUUAUUGUCGACAAUCAUAUUUUUUCUUAUACCACUAAUAAUAAUAACAUAUCUUUAUUAUAAAAUUGCCAAAAAAUUGAAAAAAGCAACAAAAUUAGAUAAUAUGAAUAGUCAUUAUUAUCAACAUCAGAAUCAGAAUCAGAAUCACUAUCAGCAUCAUCAUCAGCAUCAGCAUCAAUCGGAUAUUGGACAAUUAAAUGAUCACGUAAUUUCAAGGAAAAUAAUUCAAUCACGACGUAUUGUCAUUAGAAUGUUGGUGGUCAUUGUCAUUGUAUUCACAUUCUGUUGGUCACCAUUCCAUGCACAACGUCUUUUAUUUCUAUAUGUUACACUAUAUUCAAGCUGGAAUAUGGUUCUACGACAAAUUAAUGGCAUUUUAUUCUUAUCAGCUGGAUGUCUAUACUAUCUAAAUAGUUCAUUAAAUCCAUUGAUUUAUUCAUUAUUAUCAACAAGAUUUCGUGCUGCAUUCAUGCUUUAUGUACAAACUUGUUGUGGCCGUCAUGGUUUAAAUUCAAGUGGUCAUAGUAAUAGUGGUCAAUCAGCUCAACAACAACAACAACAUUCUCAUCAUCAACAACAACAACAACAAAGAAUAGGAAAUCGACAAUUUGCACAUCAAUUAUCGAUCGGUGGUAAUGAUGGACGUAAUAAUAAUAAUAAUUCAAAUAAUUCAUCAAUCAAUGGUGGAAAUGGAAAUAGUAUUCUAGGUGUUAGCGGUAGUGGAAAGGUAGUGGCAAACAAUAAAAAUAAUUUGUGCCUUACAACUAAUAAUAAUAACAGGAUACCAUCGAUUGUGAUGACCGAUACAUCAUCGAUGGUUAUGAUGAUGGCAAACAAUCGAAAUAAUAAUCACCAUCACCAUAAUCAUCAAAAUAUAAAAUGUAAUUCAAAAUUACAAUUACCACAACAAUGCUGUAAACACAAUCAUCAUCAUCAUCAUCAUCACCAUCAUCAAUGUCGCCAUUACAACCACCAUCAUCAUCAUAAAUGUGUAAAAUUAACAUCAUCAUCAAAAUCAUCAUCAUUAUCAUCUAAUGGACCAUCAUUACAAUUACCAUUGAAACGCCAAUCUUUACUUAUAUUACGAUAA